CGUACUCACACUACCGGUAGCACUCUCCCGAAUGCAUCUGACCGCAAUCACUUCCAGAGCUCAGUCGAAAAACUCCUACCGGUCGUGUGAGUAUGCCCUGAUUCACACAACUGGGACCCCGACCCCGACCCUUAUCUCUACCUCCGACCGCCUGUUCGUGCUGAGUUUUGUCGUUUUCUCGUGAUCCAAAACUCCCAGACUGCGGGGGAGGCUGUGUUGACGUGCGGGCCACUUACUGACACCGAAUCAUCUUUUCAAUUCAACUGGAGGUAGUGAAACCACGUGGCAGCCGCAUCGGAUUUCGCUCGUAGGAAGGCAAGGAGUUUGAAACACUACAUCUUCACUUCUGCAUUCAGGACUAUUGUUAGAUCAGAGCACAACUGUUGGAUGAAAAUGGUGUGAGCCAUUGGAUGAAAUGGAGUGGUGUGAAAUGCGCCACCCAGGAACAUAGUGCAGGAGUUGUACUCAGUGAGGGCUAGAAUAGACUCGGCCAUUUCUGUGCCUGGCUGAUGUGACGUAGGGACGUCAGUUUCAUCAUACUUGAGAAGAUCAGUGCGGUCAGCUUCUUGGCCAUCCAGGGGGUGGUCCAGUGCCGUGCCUGGAGGUGGUGCAGAUCUCGCAUGGCAACAAAGAUGGCAGUGCAUGUUGCUCUUCCUGUGCACUUGCCGCUGAAUCGUUCAGGUACAGCUCGGGAGUUCGACGUGCGCUCGUCUUUGACUGUGUCUGAUCUCACUAACGCAGCGGUCUACAGCAAACGAGCAUGCUCUACGAUCUCGCUAUCGCAAUGGCAGUCGCCCACGAAGGUGGCUAUUUGCAAUCCUGAAGGAAGCCGAAGCCGAACGUUGCACAGAAUGAAGUCUGUCAGUUGGUUGAACAAGGGUUGUCCUGGGUGUUCGACCUUCACAGUUGCUGCCAGCAGAAGAGAAUGUCACCGAUUAGCUGUAUCACCAGGUAUGGGUAGACGCACAGACAGAGGGAAAACCCGGACAAGGUCUGUGCGCCUUUCAUAUCCCUCAGUGGCGAAAGCCGAUCCCGUAAUGCACAUGCGGUCGAGCCGCCAAUCGGCCCCAAUGAUGCCAUCUGCUGUUGCUAGGAACGAGCUUGUUGCUGCCGUAGGAGAGCAAUCCGAGAAUGAGGACGGUAAGAAGGAGACGGUGACAAGUCGUGUGCUUGCGAAUGCUGCAUCAAAAACAGCAGCAGCAGCUAUGGCAGUCGCUGUUGCCAUGGUUCUCAAUUGUGCUGGAGGGCCGGCUCUGGCUCGACCGGAAGGAGUCAAUCGACCCGAUCUGCUUCCUCCGGGAGGCUCGCCGAUCAUCGAUAUCGCAAACUUCCUGUCGCCUUAUCAAGAGACACGAAUCAGGGACCAACUUGAGAAACUGGAGCGCGACACCGGGUUCAGACUACGCGUUCUUGCGCAGAACUAUCCAGAGACUCCUGGCCGUGCCGUGAAGAAGUACUGGGGGGUGGAUGAGUACACUAUCGUGUUUGUGGCUGAUCCAAACACAGGUAACAUCUUGAAUUUCAACGUGGGGAGUGCUGUCGACCUCAACGUUCCACGAAGUUUCUGGAGCCGGCUGCAAGGAAAGUAUGGAAAUAUAUUCUACUGGAGAGAGAAGGGGGAAGAUGCAGCAAUUGAAGCGGCUGUUUCGGCCAUUGACAAUUGCCUCCGUGAACCACCUGGGCCAACGGCCUGCGCAGUUAUAAACGGACCUGCUUAAAGAGGGUAGGGACCUUUACAAAAAGGCAAGGUGCUAGUGACUGAGAGCACUCUUAGGUAUUGCAAAGAGAAGGUGUCACAUCAGUUGCAUGCAGUGGCAGCAAUGUGACCAUUCCUGGGGAUAAACAUUGUUACCCAGGAUUCUAUUUAUUCAUUUAUUUAUUUUUACCCAGGAUUUUCUUGGUGGGUAGACGGAAGUUUGGGGAAGGUUGCUUGGGGAAGCGUGGUGCUCCGUAGUCUGAAAAGAUUAGUUCUCCCCGCAACUGGGCGCCGCCCUCCCCCUCCGCCUCCCGUCAGGAUCAGUACAGGUGGGAUAGGAUUUCUGGGUGUCAUAGGAGUGGAGAAGAAGAGGAAGCAGUGGAGAAAGAGAGGAGAAGGAAAGAGAAAGGAGAAGGAGGUGAGAAGAACAGGAAAAAGAGAGGAGAAGAGGAGAGGGUGUGGACACAGUAAUCCUUUUUUUUUGUUUGAGUUCCGUAGUGUCCAGUUCAGAUUGAGCUUUCCAGUGUCUUGUUAGUUUGGCAUUUGAGAUGCCAUGAUGCCAGUCUCAUGACAGGGACUGCACUUGUUUCAAGCUUCUUGUUAGUUUGGCACUUGAGCUUUCAAUGUUCAGAUCAAAGAUGGUUUGUGAAUCGUUAUAGAUCGUCUGCUAAUUGUUAGACAAGAAAGGGACUGACAUGGAUCCCAACAGGCCAGUCUCAUGACAAUGUGCCAAUUUUAGAUAUGCAUUUUAGGUGUUGCCUGGCAUUCGGGUUGUUGGUGGAGGAGGAUGUGCAUGGGGAAAUCAUGCUGAAUUAUAGAUUAUGGGAAGAAAAAGGGGGAAUAAGCAACGAAGGUAUUGGUUGUUACAAA